AAAACAAAAAAUCGAAAACAAUCCCAAACGCCAUUUUGAAGCUGUCAGAAGAAGGCGAAGAUGUAUCCGAACUAUCCGACGGCACCACUAGGUACAUUGGGUGGAACACAGUGCUUGUACCGUAGCUACCCAAACCUGCCCCAACAGUCGUCAUCGUCGCUGUUCUCGUCGUACCCGUUUGCCGGUCGUCCGAGCACCGGUGUUGCUGCGUUCCCUCAGCAAUCGAUGACACUUCCAUGACACUACAGCUACCGACAGCAGCAUCAGCAACAACAACAACAACAACCACUUCCACUGUCCCACACCUACACAGCACAGACACAACAGUCCCUACCCAAAUUACCCGUCACCGGUACCAGCCCGUAUCAAUCGGCGAAGAAAAACAAUUGCUACUACUGCAACAACAACAUCAACCUUACCUGCACCUGUCUGUCCUCGAGUGCGUUGGGGUACUUCUACUCAACCUCGCAGACACUCCACUCGUCCGCACCGUCAACACUAAACCGUCGCCGAUCCUCCAUCCGCAAUCCGCCGAGUGUAUCGUUUGCCACUGGCAACACUGUUCCACCACAUCAGCCAUUUUCCUACUCCUCGCUGCCACGUUGCCGGGGCAACGCAUCCACACACCACUCCCGCACACCAUCAACCGUUGCCGUCGGUGUGCAGAUACCUUCGCCUCCGACACAAUCCACCCAACCAGUCCCAGCGUCUUCCGGCCCGUCGAAACCUUCCCAACAGCACCAAGAAUCGCAGGUGGAUGAAGAAAUGCUAGGUCUCGUGAGUGACGGAAAACCGCUCGGCAAUGGGGCCGAUGAUCCGCUGCACGACGAUGACGACGAGCUGGACGAUCCAAAUGCAGACUCACCGGCACUUUCUGCCUCGCCGCCGCCAGCCCCACCACCACUGCCCCCGCCCGUUCGAAAUGGAUGUCAGCGGUGUCGGUUCUCGAUGGCUUCCGCUAACUCGACGUUAAAUCGAUCCCAUCCACAUCUUGCCAGCGGUACUGGUACGCUUGGGUCCGGCUCGGUUGGUAGCGGUACACUGCCACGCACACACCGCGGUACCACGAAUGGGGGAACACUUGAACGCAACCAUAUGGCCGCCAGCUCGGGCCAUCUGCAUACGGCGGGAGGUGUUACGGCAACGGCUGCGUCCGCCGGUACGGGGAACGGAACUUAUCCUGGAUACGAUCGAAAUCGGCUGCUCGAUGAGGAAGACUCGGCAUAUCCGGCCCUGCUGGAACGUGAGCUUCACUCCUUGCAUCGGAAUGUUCCUGCGCUACGCCGAGCCGGUGUCGAUACGACCGCAAUCCGACAGCACUUCUAUCCGGAUGGUGGCUGGGGUUGGAUUGUGUGCGGGGUCGCAUUCCUGGCCCACGUGCUGACCACCGGGUUCCAGCUGUCGUACGGUUUGCUGCUGCUGUACGCGAUACGCCAUCUGGGUCACGAGGUGAAUACCGAAGCAGGUUGGCUCGGUCCGGCCAGCUGGGCAAUGUCGCUGUUUUCGGCAACGAUAGUUGUGGCGCUUUGCCGUCGAAAAUCCACCCGUUUGACAGCAGUCCUCGGUGGGCUGGUGCUUGCGCUCGGCAUCCUGUUCACAUCGUUCGCCACCCAGCUGCAUCAGGUAGCGUUCAGCUAUGGCGUCAUCGUAGGCAUCGGGUCGGCCAUGGUACGGGAGUCGGCCGCCGUUAUGCUGGGCCAUUAUUUCAAACGGCGGAGACAAUUUGUCGAAAUGAUCACCAUGUCCGGUGAGGGUGUCGGUGUGGCGUUGUUUUCCGUCAUCCUCAAGGAGGGCGUCGGGAAAAUGGGCUGGCGCCUCGGGCUGCAAGCGGUCACAGGGCUCGUAUCGUUCAGCUUCUUCAUGGGAUUGCUGUACCGGCCGGCAUCACUCUAUCAUCCCCAGCGGCGUGCGAUACUACACUUGAAAAACCAAAGGAAAAAGGUGAAGGAAAAGAAAACUCACGUUCGCACACCGAAACCACCGUUCCUCGACUUUACGCCCCUAAAGUCCUCCUCGGUGCGGAUGCUGUCCAUAUCGGCCUCGGUGGCCGCACUAGGCAUCUAUUCGCCGAUAUUUUUCCUGUCCUUGCACGGGUUUAGCGAAGGGUACGAUAUGCAGGACUUGGUGCUGCUACAAACCUUUCUCGGACUGUCGAUAGCGUUAGGUAUAGUGUUUAGUGGAUCAUCGAUCAACAAGACGCUGGAAAUCUCCUUCCGGAAGGUCCAGAUAUCGCGUCAAUAUGUUUGUCAGGGCUGUGUUACGUUAGUGUCAGUAUCGUUGUUAGUAUUAUCGGCCGUGGCCGACUACCGGGGCCUCUGCUUCUCCGCAUGGGCGUACGGGCUCGGUCUCGGCGGCUACCGUUACACCUUGAAGAUGCUUGCGAUCGAACGAAUCCGCGGCAAGUACUUCUCCAAGGCGUGGGGUUUCAUCAAGGGAGCCGAGUCGCUGCCAGUGCUGUUCGGGGUGCCACUAUGCGCCUUUCUGAACGAUUCCUCGCACCGGUACGGCCGGGCAGGCUACUACAUAUGCGCGGCCAGUGCGGCCAUCUCGGCAAUUAUUCUGUUCUUCGUGGGAUAUCCGGACGGGCGUAACAUGAAGUAUUCAACCAAUGGUUCCAUCACAUCGCGCUGCACCGCACCAACCUCAUCGAGCGACUGUCAGCACAUCCUGGACCGUAGCUUUUCCUCCCAGCGCUACAACAACCCACAAUGGUACGGUACCAACACGCACGCGACCAACCUCUCGAACGGUUGUCACGGCUCCGGCACCUACCCCGGUGGGACGGGCCUACAGCGCUGCCUGUCCAAAAGUCAAUUCAUGAACGGUGGACUUAAUCUCUCGUCGGGUGGAAUUGGCCCUAAUGCGACGGCAACCACGACAUCGGCCGGCCCAGGUGGACGUCUGCUCGGCAACAGUCAAUCUCUUGAUAAUCCGACUAGCGGGCAGGCCGGCCCCGGGUUCAGCUACCACAGCCCGUUCUGUGGUCAGGGCGCGGGACAACCGCACGGUCGACUGCACAAGAGCCUAUCGUUCGCGUUCCAGACGCCAAUGUUCAGUGAUGAUCCGAUACAUCACACUUGCCAGCAGGCGUCGGGUUAUGCGGCCGAUUACCCACCACCGAGCAGGUGCUACUCAAGGUGUGAACUGCACAAUCCAUCCCUGACCGCACCGAUCACCGUCCAUCGGGACACACUCAACCGUCAGCACAGUUUUCGCGCCUCGAGCCGUGGUCAGACACCACGACACACGGUACACGCGAGCUCCCGUGGACAACAACCAUCAACACCGCACCAUCACCACCACCAAUCGUAUCACAAUCCCCACCAACAGUCACAACCGCAACAGCAGCAGCAGCAGCAGCACCAUCAACACCAUCACCAAUUGCCACCGUAUCCAGCGAACGGGUUGCAACAUCAUCCCUCCCGCAGUCGUAGUGUCCCGGAAGGGUUGGGUGGAGCGGGACGCAACGGGAUGGGAGCACCGCCGGGAGCGGGUGGCGACUGUCACUGGAAUCACUGCCACUGGACCACCGCGAACGGAGUCAACUUCUGCCGUCCGAAUCGACCGAUUCAGGUGGUCGAGCAGAUAACGACCUCCGUUUGACUAAAGUUUAAAAUACUCAAGUUCUUCCUGUGCAUCUCGCUGCACCUACUGGAGGGACUAUUCUCAUAGGCAAUAUGCAUGGGUGCGAAAUAGUUUUUAAAGCA